AUGACAGAGCUGGGUUUGUUACGUGUCAUUGGCUAUAAGGGCAAUAAGGAAGUCAGGCGAGUGUGCCUCGGGCUGGCCUUAUUGUGCCUCAUAGUGAUGACAACGCGGGUGGAGGGGAUGUCCGUGACCAGUAGGCUACCCCCAACAACUGUCGCUCCCACCACAUUCGUUGAUGAUCACGGCUUGUUGCAGAUCACCACGACCCCCAGACCAGUGAUCGUUUACGACAGUUUUUGGCACAUUAUGGGUUACAGCUUGACGCCACCAACAACAACAACCACAACGCCUGUUCCAACCACACCACCUGUUCCAACCACAACGCCUGUUCCAACCACAACGCCUGUUCCAACCACAUACAUUUAUGAUGAUCACGGCUUUUCGCAAAUCACCACGCCAGCACCAACAACUACAACGCGUGUUCCAACCACAACGCGUGUUCCAACCACACCGCCUGUUCCAACCACACCACCUGUUCCAACCACACCACCUGUUCCAACCACAACGCCUGUUCCAACCACAUACAUUUAUGAUGAUCACGGCUUUUUGCAAAUCACCACGCCAGCACCAACAACCACAACGUCUGUUCCAACCACAACACCUGUUCCAACCACACCACCUGUUCCAACCACAACGUCUGUUCCAACCACAACGCGUGUUCCAACCACAACACCUGUUCCAACCACAACGCGUGUUCCAACCACACCGCCUGUUCCAAUCACAACACCUGUUCCAACCACAACGCCUGUUCCAACCACAACGCCUGUUCCAACCACUUUCAUUUAUGAUGAUCACGGCUUGUUGCAAUUCAUCACGCCAGCACCAACAACCACAACGCCUAUUCCAACCACACCGCCUAUUCCAACCACACCGCCUGUUCCAACAUCAACGGUUUCUUAA